AGUCGAGUAUGCCCACCCAAUCUCGGAUGAGACAACCCUUCCUAACUACCCUCCAGCAUAGUUUUUGUUCACGGCCUCCGAGGUCACCGCGAGAAGACAUGGUCAAGAGACGGAGUUCUCUGGCCUAAAGAGCUUCUCGCCGAAGAUGUCCCCAACUCACGCACUAUGAGCUUCGGAUAUGAUUCUAGCAUCAUUCACUCAGACUCUGCUGAAGUCACGCAGGGCAGCCUCGACCAUGAAGCUCGCAGUCUAUGUUCCUUGGUUCAGGAACAGAGAUCUUCCACAGAUUCUAGUUCUCGGCCUAUCAUUCUUGUAGCUCACAGUCUCGGCGGACUAGUCUGUGCAACUUCCAUCGUCCUUGGGGAUAGGAACGCUCAAGGCGAUGAUGUCGAAGCUGUGGCGAGAAAUGUGACUGGCAUGAUUUUCCUCGGAACCCCUUUUGCCGGCUCAAAUGCGGCCAAAUGGGGAGAGUUGGUCCGAAAGAUAUUCAACGUCGUUAAGAAGACUGAUCAGAAUACCCUCAAGACUCUGAAAGAAAAUUCACAUGAUCUCCAAGAGCUGGGUAAGGCUUUCCCGGAAGUUAUCAGGAAGCGAAACAGCAAUGCUGAAAGCAAGGUUCAAAUCGUCUUUUUCUUUGAAACUUUGGAUACUGGAGGUAUUCGGAUCGUUGAGGAUAAAUCGGCCUCUCAUCCCGGUAUUGGCGAAACACUACCUCUGAGAGCGAAUCAUAUAGGUAUCUGCAAGUUUGACUCUCGCGAUAACGAAGGGUACAAAGUUGUAAAAGCCAAGAUUCUUCAGAUGAUGAAGGGCGAAGUCAAAGAGAGUAAUGACAAGGGUAGUACCGUUUUCAACAACUACGACAAGGUUUAUAACCAAGCAGCAAGGGAUAUCAAUAUUAACUCUCAGUCAUUCUCAUAAUAUGGAGCUUCUGCUUUAGCUUCUCGACUCGUUGUACUUUUAGUAGUU